AUAUAAUAUUGCAACAUAGGCGAGAACACGCUUGUUACUCUAUGUUCUCCUUUGCUACACGUUGCAUACAGUUCCACGCGAAGGGGGACCAACCACGCGGUUAAGCGCCCGCUUUGGUCCCUAGCACUUCAAAAGAAACCACAGCAUCAAUUCACAUCGUUUACAAACACAUUCGAUCACAUCGACAACAACUCGCUCAAAGCCACUGGGUAUUAUGUCAGAGCAUAAUCACAACCACCAUGCCAGCUAAUAAAGACCGCCUAUACAUCGCCCUUUUCGCCCGCGGAGGCAAAGCCACCAUGCCAGGCAAAGAAGACACGCACCACUGGGCCAUACUCAUCGGAUCCAAAGCUGCGACAAAUGCUGGCUCAAGCGUUCAGUACCACGCAAAGGAGCGAAUCAGCCAGGAAGGCAAAUCAGAGUUCUUUUUCGAAGAGCAUGACGCGUCCGCGCAGAUGCUGCUUAUUCUACGCGGUAUCCCCGUUAGCCAGAAUGUAUCAGGGUGGAACUGUGUGUCGUGGGUAAAGGAGGCGCUGGAGGUAGUUGAUGCCGAUACACAAGCCCUAGCCAGCACGCGGGUAUGCGACUGGGGCCGGGUGCGCGAUGCAGCGAUCGAGUAUUGUCAACGGAAGAAGGAUCAGCAUCGAUUCGACGGAAAGGGUGAUUAUGAUAUGGGUGUUAUUCCGACAUAUGAUUUGAUGGUGGGUAGGGGGCUUAUUUUUUAA